UCAGGUCGUCUUGAGUCGUGUAGGCGAUCUCCUACUACGUACGAUAGUACGUGUGGAUGUGCGUCUGUCGUAUAUAUGUUGAUGUAAACGUUGAAAUGUACGUGCAGAACAUCAGGGCGGGAAGGGUAUAAAACACGUAAUAUCUAGCCGUAAUUACUAUUAUACUUCAUGUCCAUAACGUCUUGUGAAAUAACAACUGUAUAAUUAUGUGAGAGUGUGGCUGGUUGUCAUCAUCAAACUUAACCAUGAUUAAUUUAAGAAUUCCACAGGUUCGUUACCUCGCUGCACUAUUGGCCACCAUAGCUCUCAGCUUUGCUUUGUACCCUGGCAAUUCUUCGACGGGUCAAAGUUCAAAAGUCUACACAUUCCUCUACUUCUUCACAUUCGUGUCACAUUACGGAGCACAAUUUUGGAUGACAUUCGUAGCAGGACUUCUACUGUUUUUCAAUCUACCGCGUAUAUGGUUUGGUCACGUGCAGAGUAAGCUGUUCCCGCUUUUUUUCUGUUUCGGAUUUGUAACGUCAUCGAUCACCAUAGCAACCUUUGUAUCACAGCACAGGCUUGACGACGAGAAUCGACAAAAACAGAUAGCCGCACUAGUGGUCAGUCUCGGGGCAGACUUUAUCAACGCCUUCCUCCUGUCACCAAUAAUUGUGGAAAGCAUGCUUCAACGCUUUUCCAUGGAAAAGAAAUCUGGCAAAGCAUACGAGGUUGGGUUUACUGACCUGUCCGAACUACUCAAGAACCCAGAGUACGCAUGCGUAAAUCGGACUUUCCGGCUAUAUCAUGGACUAAGUGGCGCAAUCAAUAUGAUUGGGUUAGCAGCCAAUACCUUUCAUCUGUACAACUUAGCCAUGACAAACGACGUCUGAUGACAUUUAAGUGUCGAAACACUCAGGGAGGAGCACCUGUCGUAAUCGACUUCCGGUGCUUUCAAACAAUACCGGAAGCUGGACCAGAGAGCCAUCAAUUCGGUCUAAGAAAUGAAGUUGCCAUUCUACUAUGGGGAUAUCCAUUUUUAAAUAUAGAGGUAACUUCUUGAAGAACGGGUUGCAGGCCAGUUGAUACAAACCGUAACCGCACGGUCCGACAUAUUGCGUGAACGCUGGGCAACAGAAGGAUUAUGAUGAAUGUUAUUGUUAUUCAGUAGAAAAAAAUCUAGAGGAGUUUCGAUCGUGACUUGCAACUUAAGGUCAUUGGAGUGUAUUGCUAAACGGAAAUAGGAAGUACAUCCCUAGUUGAAAAUCCAAUGUAGGGAGACAG